AUGUUCACAGGCAUAGUUGAACACGUUGGGACCGUAAUUGAAAUUCACGAACUCGAUAAAUCUGCUUCAGGUGGAGGAGGAUGGAGUCUGAAGAUUGGAGAUUGUGAGGUUAUUCUUACUGAUGCACAUCUUGGUGAUAGCAUCUCGGUUAAUGAGUUUGAGAAAUCAUGGUUCAAAAUAGGCUUAGCACCAGAGACCUUACGACGAACUAACCUUGGGGAGUUGAAAGUUGGUGAUAAAGUAAAUCUCGAGCGUGCUGUUUCGGCAGGCAUAAGAUUUGGUGGACAUUUUGUGCAGGGUCAUGUCGAUACAACGGCAACGAUAAUCUCAAAAACUCCCGAUGGCAACUCACUCUACAUCAAAAUGGCUUUGACAGAUCCAUCAUAUAUAAAGUACAUAAUUCCCAAAGGAUACAUAUCGAUUGACGGGACUUCCCUUACAAUUAUCGACGUCAACGAUGCCGAGGCAUGGUUUACGAUUAUGUUGGUCGCGUACACUCAGGAACAUGUUAUAUUCCCGUUGAAGGAAAUAGGGGAUAAGGCUAACAUUGAAGUUGAUAUGUUGGGCAAAUAUGUGGAGAAAAUUGUCAGUGGAAUGCUUAAAGGUGAUAGCGAAGAAGCAGGUGGAUAUCUGGAAAGUAUUGUCAGGAAAUAUGUGGACUCUAGAGGAAAGACCUAG